UUUAUUGACGACGUUUGCCGUGUGGCUCUUGGCCAAAAAGAGAGCGGACGAAAAUCAGUUAAAAUAGUGGCUUAUACUAGUCCCAAGCAAGUCCAACUGUAAACGGCAACGAGAAUGAGCAGCCCCGGAAUAUAAUAAGCAGAAAGUUCUAUUGUAAAUGCCUCUCGUGUGUGUCUGUGUGCCUCUGUGUGCGAGUGCGUACGUCACGGACUGCGCGCGUAUUGGUGUACAUAUGUGAACGUGUGUGUGCGUGUGUGCAGGGGAAAAAUCAGUAAAAUGUUUAUGCAAAUCAUGCGACAAAUGUGCGCCAAUUGCGUCCAAAUCGUAAAGUGCAUUAAGUGAAACAAAAUUAUAUAAUUAUCCAGGGAGCGGCGGCAACCACAAAGGUUGCACGGUGCACAGUGCACAGUUCACAGUGUCCAGCAGCUGCCUCGACAAAAGAAAUAGGCGAAAAAAAAGAAGCUACAAAGGCGAAGGCAAAGUAAAGGUUGCACAGGCUCUCGGCUCGGCUCUCCUCUCUUCUCUUCUUCAUUCAACAUCUUUCUCCCGCAUACGCCACUGAGUGUGUGUGUGUGUGUGUGUGUGUGUAGGUGUAGCCCCCGCCGUGCAAGUGUAUUGGUGUCUCGUGGCAUUCCCCGUUCGUGUGUGUUUGUGUGGGUGCAACAACGUGAACGUUUCAUCCAUCCCGGAAGUGAUUUGUAUAAGGCCGAAUGCCUCCUGAUAACUUACACCAAAACGGAAAUAGUCGCAGUUUCUGUUUGUGAUGAAGUCAUGUGGAAAUAGCAACAACAUCAAGAGCAUCAGCAACAAUUAUUGCCCUGGAGCGGCGACCAAUACAAUUAUAGGCAAAAGUUAAUUAAAUGCUGCAUCAUUUGCAAAACUGCAAAAAGGAAUCCUUAACAAUUGCAAUAAAACUUUGGCCAAACAAAAGUAAUUAAAGGACCUCUCACACACGGACUCCACCCGGACACACGGCUACAACUACAGCAACGGAGAGGCACUGUGACAGGGACAGGGACAGGGAAAGGGCAAGGGACAGGGACACACACAGACAAGUUCCAUUGACGCUAUGCGACAACCAAGUUGCUCGUAGAAGCCGCACGGCAUCGGCAUCGGCAUUGGGAGCGGGACAGGGACCGGAGGAGCCGGCCGUGGUGCUAGGAGUCCUGUGCAUGGCCAGACGCCAGCUGACGCUGCCAGCCGCAAACAGCUAACAGCCACAGCCAUAGCCACCAUCGGGGCAACGGUGAAAGCAACGGAGGAGCAGCAGCAGCAGCAGCAGCACCAGCAGCCACGGAGGGGCACGGGCACGGCCAGCAAAAUGCAGAAGGAGAACAAUGUCACGGCGGAGAAUUGCCAAUUUGUGGGGCCCUAUCGCCUGGAGAAAACUCUUGGCAAGGGUCAAACGGGUCUCGUCAAGUUGGGCGUGCAUUGUGUGAUUGGCAAAAAGGUUGCGAUUAAAAUAAUCAAUCGCGAAAAACUCAGCGAAUCGGUGCUAAUGAAGGUUGAACGUGAAAUUGCCAUAAUGAAACUAAUCGAUCAUCCGCACGUCCUUGGCCUGAGCGAUGUCUACGAGAAUAAAAAGUAUUUGUAUUUAAUAUUGGAGCAUGUCUCAGGCGGCGAACUCUUCGACUAUCUGGUAAAAAAAGGCCGCCUCACGCCCAAGGAGGCGCGCAAAUUCUUCAGGCAAAUCAUCUCCGCCCUGGAUUUUUGUCACUCGCAUUCGAUAUGCCACCGCGACUUGAAGCCCGAAAAUCUGCUGCUGGAUGAGAAGAACAACAUUAAGAUAGCGGACUUUGGCAUGGCAUCGCUGCAGCCGGCCGGCAGCAUGCUGGAAACAUCCUGCGGCAGCCCACACUAUGCGUGUCCGGAGGUCAUACGGGGGGAGAAGUACGAUGGACGUAAGGCGGACGUCUGGUCGUGUGGAGUCAUCUUGUAUGCCCUGCUGGUGGGUGCGUUGCCCUUCGACGAUGACAAUUUGCGCCAACUGCUGGAGAAAGUCAAGCGCGGCGUCUUUCACAUACCACACUUUGUGCCACCCGAUUGCCAGAGUCUGCUGCGUGGCAUGAUUGAAGUGAAUCCGGAUAGGCGUCUGACGCUGGCUGAAAUAAACCGACAUCCCUGGGUCACAGCUGGUGGCAAAGGUGAACUGGAGCUGGAGCUGCCAAUGAUGGAGGUGGUGCAGACACAUGUUAUACCCACAGCCACAGCUGUCGAUCCGGAUGUGCUGAAUGCCAUUUGCUCGCUCGGCUGUUUCAAGGAGAAGGAGAAGCUCAUCCAAGAGCUGCUCAGUUCGAGUCACAAUACGGAAAAGGUCAUUUAUUUCCUUUUGCUGGAACGCAAACGAAGGCGUCCUGCCCUGGAGGAUGACGAUGAGAUUGCCCAAAAGUCACGCAGUGAGCUGGAUGCAGUGGAUCCGCCAAGAAAACGACUGGACACGUGCCGGAUUAAUGGCACCAAUGCGCCCAGCUAUGGACAGAUCUCCGAGGGAUCACCGCUCACGCCGCGACGACAGGCCUUCAACUUCCGCUCGUACAGCAGCACUCGCAACCACCAACGACGCUCACCCACAACGGUAUCCUCGUCGGUGCGGAGCUCCUCAUAUCACAGUCCGACGCGUUGCAACUCCCCCAUGACCUCGGCCCAGCAGCAGGCGAACGCCAUAUCGCGUCCCUCGUCACCAGCGGCGGGCACUCGACACUCCACCUAUGGAGAUCGCGGCGAUCGGGGCGGCUCCGGGCAUCAUUCCUCGGUCAGCCGAACACCCUCGCACAGCUCCCAGAAGAGCAUCGAAGGCGAUGUGGUGGUGGUGAGAGAACCACGACUGGAGCGACGGGACUCUUUACGCCAGGAGAGGGGCGGUGGGUCGGCGAGGGAUCGCAGCGAGUGCGGCCACCCGCCAGGCAGUCCCGGCGGCAACUCCGUCAGCGGAGCGGCCUCGCCAUCGGUGCAUCAUCGCGCCAACUCAGGUCCGACCAUUAACAUUAGUAUGUUCCACGAUCCAGAGUCGAAUAGUGUUGUGAAUCCUAAUGCCUCACCCAUGAUGAACAACAGCAGUCCAGGGAUGCCUGGCUCACCCUGCAACAAUCCUGGCGGUCAACUGUGGAAGACGCGACUCACAAACAUCAAAAACAGUUUCCUGGGCAGUCCGCGUUUCCAUCGCAGAAAAAUGCAGGUUUCUGCGGAUGAAGUGCAUUUGACGCCCGAAUCAUCGCCAGAGCUAACGAAACGCUCCUGGUUUGGUAAUCUAAUAACCACAGAAAAGGAUGAAACGUUUACCAUAUUGGUCAAGGGCAAGCCCAUAGCCACAGUCAAGGCGCAUUUGAUACAUGCAUUUCUAUCUAUGGCUGAACUAUCGCAUAGUGUAGUAUCGCCCACCUCAUUUCGAGUGGAGUACAAACGGAAUGGCAAUGGUCCUGUGAUGUUCCAGCGCCAUGUAAAGUUCCAGGUUGACAUUAGUGCCAUUUGCAAGCAAGGCGACAUAGCAGAUAUGCUUUUUGCCUUAACAUUUACGCUGCUAUCGGGUAACAUUCGACGUUUUCGUCGCAUUUGUGAGCACAUUCAAUCCCAGGUGUGUUCAAAGCGUUUCCCGGGUCCCAGCAGUCCGCCGACGGUGACCUCGGUAACGCAGGCCGUUUCCGAGAGUUCAUCGUGUGGCUCGGUGUCCAGCGAACGAUUGUCCUAUAAGCGACAGGUGAUUGAGAACGAUAUUGAGAACGAUUCAAUAUUCUCGUACAAAUCAGGCAAUGGCCGCAGAGCCUCGACCACAAACAACAAUAAUGCCAAUCCUGUGGAUAUACCCGGCAGUCCCAUUGCUGUGCGCUCCAAAUUUCUGAUCGAAUCAUCCAACAGCUCGGAGACCGCUGAGCACGAACGCAACCGGGAGCUGCAGAGUGAGCGUCAGGCGACAACGAUGUCCGGUAGUGCAAUCGCAUGAGAAUUAUUUCUCUGAUUUAGUUACAUUUUUCUCAAGGAUAUUUGUUUCCAACUACUACUCCGUAUGACACCACGAAUAAUACCCAAAUAUUGUACGAAUUGAAACGAAUCAGCAGCAACUCAAACAGUAUUUUCCCACAAGUACCCCCAAACACCAAGAGAUCUUCAAAGUAACUGCAAGAAAAAUCCCCAAAAAAAAUAUACCGAAAAACCAAAGCAAUAAUAGUGGAAUUUAUAUAGAAAUAAUAAUGUUUAUAAGUAUCACACAUUUUCGAAUACCGAUACCGUUUAAACAGAACUUUUGCUAGCAGCUAGCUCUCUAGCUUUUAACCAACUCUCAUUUUCGAUUCGAAUUUAUUUCUAUAUUUUUUUGAAUGCAUUUUCUAUGUAUGUUCGUUUUUGAUGGACAUUGUUGCCGCCGCGCCUAAAAAGCUUUGCAAAUAAAACACACCGUGUAAAAAUAAACUAAAUACAACAAAAAAGGAAUACCAAAUUAUGCACUAGCUUAGAUCUCGAACUAGAGUUAAUCUAGCAUCAUUUUCUUUACCUAGACUAGGGCCUCGUAAUAUUUAGCUAUGCAAAUGAUAAAUGCUAACCAGAGAAGAAAAGAAACGUACGAUAAGCUGACAAUUUGUAAAUGGGAGUGUAAUACAGCAAAAUGCACUGAUCUUUGACUACUAAAUAAAAUAUAUGAUAUAAAAUAUGUACCAAAAAGAAAGAGGGGAAAAACCGAAUGAAACUUUUGCAUUAACUUAGCCGUUGCUGUUUUUCUAAGCCCAAAACAAAUUGAUACAACUAUUUUGCUAGCCACUAAAAAAAUACAUGUGAAUCGAUUGACAAACUAUUUUUCCUAAAAACCAAAAUACUAAAGAAAACGCGUCAGGCCUUUGAACUUCUGACAUGCAUGCAUGACGAUCAAAAAAAGAGUGUUGUGUGGUAGCUGGAUGGAUGGACUUAAUCAGUAAAAAAUCCACAAUCCAUAAGGUGUAUAAUGUAUAAUGUACAUAGGAAAUACCAUUAACAAAUUUGUAACAAACGGCACAGCGUAGUGAUGGACAUAUGGCACAUAGCAAAUAUGAAAAUUCGAAUACCAGAAACAAUAUAUAUUUUGCAUGGGCAUGAAGACAACAACAAAAACAAAGCUUUCUAACCGAUAAUUAAAUGUAAAAAAAAGGCAAACUGGUACGAUAUUUAUACACAUGUAGCUAUACAUCAUAGUAUAUAGUAGAGUGCGGAACAAGGAUUGUACAAAUUGCUGAGUUGCAUCAGCGACAAUGAAGAUGAGAAAUACCUAAGAGAGAGAGAGAGAGAGAGAGAAUUCCAUUGAAAUUUGUAUAUUUUUUAUUGGAUAAAACAAACACACUUUGGGCUGGAACUAGACCAAGAUGAAGAUCAAGCUGUCCAGGAAUGCACAAAUUGCAAUUGGCAAUGCCAUCAAUGACUUAGAAUAGUUUUUCUCUCUGUGUAAGAAGGCAGCGUUUCGCAUGACAACCAACCAACCCCACAAAAAACAAUCACAUUGAAUCUAUCCUAAACCUAUGCCUAUACCUUACUUUUGAGUGGUUUUCAUAGCUUAUAGUUUUAGUUAAAUGUGUGGAAUCAGAGUUCUUUUUUCUAUAAAGCAUACGAUACGAUAAUUUGAAACUAAAAGACUUAAGAAAUUGACAUAAAAGCAAAAUGAAAUCCAAACAAAACAAAA